UAGAAAACGAACUAACCUAAACCUUAAAACAUGUUCUGGAGAACACAGACUCUCUUCCCAAACUCUUCCAGCGCCCAAAAGCUUCCAGAGAUCUCUGUAUGAUACCCCGGAUUCUAAGCUCAGACACCAAACAUUGAACAAAAUGGCUACACCAUUUCUUGCUGGUCUUGCAGUAGCAGCCACUGCUCUUGCUGGUAGAUAUGGUAUCCAGGCGUGGCAAGCAUUCAAGGCACGACCACCUAAAAUGCGUAAAUUUUUUGAAGGUGGUUUUCAGCCGACUAUGACUAGAAGGGAAGCAGCUCAGAUUCUUGGUCUCAGGGAGAGUGCGCCCCCAGACAAGGUCAAGGAAGCACAUCGAAGAGUGAUGGUUGCAAAUCAUCCUGAUGCAGGUGGUAGUCAUUACCUUGCUUCUAAAAUCAACGAGGCUAAAGAUGUGAUGCUUAGGAAAACAAAGGGUGGUGGAUCAGCAUUUUGAUCCAUUUUGACAAUCCCUCAGAUAUCGAGUAGGUGUGCUCAACAGUAGAAUAAUACCCCCCUUCAUUAAUGUUCACAUAAAGCAAGCAAUGGUCGCCCAUAAGUUACAGAUUGUUAGAAAUAGUGUUCCACCAGUCAAUGUGCUGUAGGUUCAGAUUUUGUUAAAAACCAGAUAGGGCAUUUUUAUGUUGAAUUGUAGGGCAUUUUUAUGUUGAAUUGUAUAAUAUUGGAAGCCCAAAAGGUUGAAAGAAGGCUGUUUGUGUUAUGACAUUUUUGUACUUACAAUUCCAUUUGAAAAACAUUUUGAUACAUAUCAUCUCCAAA